AUGACCAGAGAGUUUGAUAUGAAGCAGCGAGAGCCAGGAAACAAGAGCAAAAGAGCAGGUGAAAACCACAAGGGGAGGGAUGUGCUGGGCGUGGACACCCGAUCCAUCCCAGUCGAGGACCAGGCCGCCGGGAGUCAGGAACAUCUUUUGGAGCUUCUGGGAGGAGACUCCUCUGACCGCUCUCGGGAUGGGCAGCUGCUCGGGGAAGACCAUCCAGGCACUGAGCUUCCUGCCGCUGCUCCUACUCCUCGGAGCCGUCUCUGUGCUGCAGGCGAGGCCGCCACAGAGGCCGAGGAGGCGGGUGCUCCAGGACCAGGCCCCCCGCCACUGCGUCCAGACAGCUGUCCCCCACCCCCGCACGUACUGCCCCCUGGCGCCUGCCAGGUGGUGAGCUGCCAGGCGGAUACCCAGUGCCUGAGUCACAAACGCUGCUGCUACAAUGGCUGUGCCUACACCUGCCUGGAGGCCGUGCCGCCCCCACCAGUCUUAGACUGGCUGGUACAGCCGAAACCUCGGUGGCUUGGCGGCAAUGGCUGGCUUCUGGAUGGACCUGAGGAGGUGUUACCAGCCGAGGCCUGCAGCACCACCAAGGACGGGGCGGAGCCACUGCACUGUCCCUCAGGCUACAAGUGCCACAUCCUGAGCCCAGGUGACAUGGCCAAGGGCAUCCCCAACCAUGGGCAGUGUGUUAGGCAGCGUCAGGAGGCCGAUGGGCGAUCCCUACAACAGAAAUUCCACAGAGAAUAUCCAGAGGGCGUCUUCAAGAACGUGGCCGAGCCUGGGCGGGGCCGGCAGAAGCGGGUCCAGUGA